CGAGCCCGGCCUGAGGAGGCGGCCCCGGCCCCAUGGAGUGCUACUACAUUGUCAUCAGCUCCGCGCACCUCAGCAACGGGCACUUUCGCAACAUCAAGGGAGUUUUCCGCGGCCCCCUCAGCAAGAACGGGAACAAAACUCUGGAUUAUGCUGAAAAGAAAAACAAGAUAGCAAAAGCCCUGGAAGAUCUUAAAGCCAACUUCUACUGUGAACUCUGUGACAAGCAGUACUAUAAACACCAGGAGUUUGACAAUCACAUUAACUCCUAUGAUCACGCUCACAAACAGAGACUGAAGGAGCUGAAACACAGGGAGUUUGCACGGAAUGUAGCAUCUAAGUCACGGAAAGAUGAAAGAAAACAGGAGAAAGCCCUUCAACGCUUGCACAAGCUGGCUGAGCUGAGGAAAGAGAGAACGUGUGCUCCUGGAAGCGGCCCUAUGUUCAAAUCCACUACAGUGACUGUGCAAGAUGACUGCAAUGAUCUCCCCAAAAGUGCUGCCAUGGAUUCUGCCAACAAGCAGGAUUCCAGCUGUACAUUAAUGCACGAUGCACAGAACUGUAAAGACGUUGCCUCUGUUAUUCCAUCCACUCCUGGGGAUGUGUGUAGUAACAAAUCCGAUGCUAGCAAAUGUGGAGAUCAGGUUCAAGGAGCUCAAGGACAUAGAGUUGGGUUCUCCUUUGCUUUUCCCAAGAAAGCAGCAGUGAAACUGGAGUCUUCAGCUGCUGUUUUCUACGAAUAUAAUGAUGAAACUUCAGUGGAGCACGGAUUUAGCAGGAGGAGUAGGUUUAUCCCGGGAACGUGUAACCUGCAGCCUCCUUCAGCAGCAGAGACGGUUGUAUGCCCUGAGGAGAAACCAAACUGUUUUCACCCACCAGUGGACAAAUGCACAGACACAGCAGAAGCUCCUGAGGCUCAGGAUUCAAAAGAGCUGGCCAGUGAGGAAAGCAGGAUGCUGGGGAGUCCCUCGUUAACUCCUGCUCUGUCCCACUCAAAGCAGCUGGUUCCCUCAGACACGGAUGGCCAUGAUCUGGAUGGGAGUGCAGCUGACUCACCGGACCAAACACUGCCUGUGGCUGUGGACAGUGCUCAGGUCCUGCCCCCAGACAGCACUGGGUACGAGCUGCAGGCAGACAGGGCUCUUGUUCAGGAGGUUGUGGAGGAUUGUUUGCCCCUGCAGGAUGCUGCAGAGGAAAAUGACAAAGAUGGGAAGAGUGAUCCAUCCACAGCCGAAAUGGAAAUAAAAGAUCUGGGGACAGAAGCAGUAGUUUCAUCACCGUCUGAAGAAGGUAGUAGUGGAGCCCCAAAAACCAAACCAGACUUGCACAAGAGACCGUGUCAACCCUUUGUUCCCGUUCUUAACAAAUAUGGAUCAAAUAUUCUUCAGUGGCCAUCAGAAAUGUUAAUUUACACAAGUACAGACCCAUCGAUUUCCUACAGUUGUAAUCCUUUAUAUUUUGAUUUUAAGUCAUCCAGAGCAAGUGACAGUCAAGAAAAGCUCAAAUAUCAACCAAGCAUACCUCAUUUGCACCAUAAAACUGAAUCUAACCGUAUCUUAGUCUCGGAUUUUACAAAUAAACCUACUUCAGAGUGUGGUGAUUAUGAAGUGAAUAAAAAUGUGUGCAACCAUACAAUACCCCUUAUAAAUGAUGUUUCCCUUUUCAGAAAUUGUGACCUUGCAAAAAAUCAAAACAAAGUGUCCUUGGAUGAUUCAUUCAGGAUUAGAAAAAUAGAAAAGUAUCACAUAUCUAAAAACCACUUACGACAAAACACUGUGAUAGAUGAGAAACAUAACAAAGUUUGGAUCAAAGAAAGCCAUGAAAAAUGGCUUCACAAAAACAGAAAAAGGAAAAGGAGGAGAAAGUUAUGUCAUUGUCAUCAUCAUCACUGUGGGGACACAGCAGCAGCAGAAAUGGAGAUAUCUCCAGUAACCGAGAAAGAAAUUGCUUACAGAGAUGAAAAUAAAUAUCAGCAUAUCCAGAAUAAUGCAGAGAAGUGCAGACACGAUGCAGGGAAUAUCUGGUUAACUGCAGGUGAGAUAGAGCAGUCACAUCCAAAACUUGGCAUUGAAAAUGCUCAUAAGAGAGUCAUGUCUGCAUCAGAUCAUGUACACUGGGACAGAGGCUGGUGUGACUUUUGGAGCGCAAAAAACAGUGGCAAGCACCGCGGUUGUAAACGGCUGCACAGAAAGAGCAAAGCAAGCUCUUGGAGGCAGGCAAAGCAGCUGGCUCCAUGUUCCAGGAAGCACAGCCUAAAGCACUCUAAAACAUGUUGCAGCUGGAAAGUCCGGAGGUCGAGCUGCAGCCCAGAGCAUAAAUGUUUAGGACAAUGCAGCGAGGAGAAGGGUCCGAGUCGAAACCAGUCUGUAAAGAGAGGUUAUAGCAUUCUGACGGAAGAACCUGAAAAAUGCCACCGCAAGCGGAGGCAGCACACCUACUCCUCAUCAUCAGAUGAGAGCUCUUGUGGACAGACAUUAUCAGCAGAGGAAUAUCUAAGGCAAGUGUCUACUUUAGUUACGUAUCGCAAAGCAAAAGGGAAACACAAGAGAAGGAAAACUAGAAUCCAUCAUGUUUUCCUUGACAGGAAUUCAAGAAGUGAGACCUCCGGACCUACCAAAGAAAAUUCUGCAAGUUCUCCGUUAAAUAUUUUGGGGGACUUAUUGACUCAAGACAAUCUAGAGGAAACUAAUGCAGAUCCCAAAGCCGAUGGUGCAAAAGAUACAGAUGAAACAAUGGAGCUGGAGGAAAGCAAGUCACCUGUAGAAACUGAUAGUUCACCCCUGCUGGAAAAUGAUAAACUGACGGCGUGUGCAGCGAGGGAGAGCGCGCCGGAUACAUUUCCUGAUGUCAUCGCAGGCUCCGCUGCUCCUGUUCCUGAGCGCAGUGCUCCGGCAGCUGCUGGCACACAGGAUGCUCUGCAAGAUGAAAAGAAAAAAGAAAAUGCCACCAGUCACGAAAAUCAAGCUCGUUACAAAGUCCCCCUCUCCAACAGACAUUUGGAACAAGCUCCUCCUAAAUCCUAUCUCUGCCGUUAUGAGUUGGCCGAGUCUCUACCGCACGACAAAAUGGGUGAGGUGACUAGUGAAUGGGUACAGUGUAAUCCUGGUAUAUUUAGCAGCCCGCCACCCUUGCCAUUCAAAGAAGCACACGUAAACAGUCAUACCUUUUUGACUACCGAGCAGUUAAUACCCCCCUUCCCCCUGCCCGAUCAGACACUGAUAUUCCCUCCCGAAAACCAUGAAAAAUUCAAAGAGCUGCCAUCUGAGGCGUAUCAGCAGAUGGUGCCACAGAGCGUGCUGCCCAACAAGGUGAAGUUCGCCUUCCCUCCCGCGGCGAUCCAGCCCCCGAGUUCCGCACUGCAGCCCUUGCCCCUGCAGCCGCCGCUGUGCUCUACCUCCGUCACCACCAUCCACCACACCAUCCUGCAGCAGCACGCCGCCGCCGGCACGCUGAAGGUUCUCCAGCCGCACCAGCAGUUCCUCUCGCAGGUCCCGGCUCUUUCCAGAGCACCUUUACCUCAUCUGCCCGUGGGACCGAGGCUUUGCCCAGGGGGCCACGCUGCCUUCGUGGCCCCGCCACACUUGCCGCUGCUGCCGCCCUCGGUCCUGCACCCGACCCAGCUGGCGUUCCCCCCGCUGCCACACACCGUCUUCCCAUCCCUGCUGUCCCCGCACCCAGCUGUCAUCCCCCUCCAGCCUCUCUUUUAGGACAGGAAGGGGAUGAGGGAAGGACCCUUCAGCUAAACGGUCCUGAUGUUUCUACCCUCAGCUUUGCAAAACAGUUCUGUGAACUAAGCUGGUUAAAAUUCCUCGUUCCUUGGGAAGCAUUUACUUCUCAGGAAGAAACCUGACAUCUCUAGAGAAGAUUAAGCUCGAAGACACUGACCAAGAAAACAUCAUGAAACCACAGACAUGAAAUUCUA